AUGAAUAAUUUAUUAAUGUUAUUUUUUUUUGUUCCUUUUUUAGCUUUUGCUUUACUUGGUUUAAAUGUUUUAUUAGCUACUCAUAAACCUGAUGAAUCUAAAGUUUCUGCUUAUGAAUGUGGAUUCUCUGUAAUCUACGGUCAAACUAGAUCUACUUUCCAAAUUCAUUUUUAUACUGUAGCUAUUUUAUUCUUAAUUUUUGAUCUUGAAAUUUUAUUAUUAUUCCCUUUAGCAGUAACUCUGUAUCAAGUAAGUACUUUUGGAUUUUCAAUUGGUAUUGUUUUCUUUAUUGUAUUAACAAUAGGAUUUGUAUUAGAAAUAGGUUCUGGAGCUAUAUCUUUAACUAAUUUCGACCAACCAAACCAAAAAUAA